AUUCAGGAUACACACAUUGUAGAUGUUUUGCCUACAACGAAAGACCUAUCCGAUAUGUUUUAUAGCAACACAUACAGUAUCGAUGAACUUAAAGCGAAGUGUCAAAAAGUUUGCAACGAGAUUCUCAAGGUGGAACACGUUGUCAAUGUAUAUCCAACUUACACAACUAACUCAACGAAACGUUUAGUAUUUGUCGCCGUUGUUGAAAAUGAAUUCGAAAGUACCGAACAACUAAAACAACUAGGAUAUGACAUCGAGAUACAAUAUAAACAGCCUAAAUACACAAAAGACAAUCCCCGCCAAGAUGAUUAUCUACUGAAACAUGAGUUUACAGAUAAGCUUAAAAAUGUCAUAAGAAAAUUUGGGAACACGCUUAUGUUGAAACAUACAAAUGUAAGCUUCAUACGGGGUUGCAAGUAUAGAUUGGUUACCGAAAACGAAAAUGAAAUAAAAUACGAACCCCGUUUAGCUGUGUACGUUCGCGCAAAAGGGUUUAUCCCGAUAGGUGAGGAGCCGAUAGCAAAAUCCUAUGAUGGGGUUCCCGUAGACGUCCGGGAAGGCGUAUGCAUAACCUUUGCUGGUGGCCGGGCAAACGAUAUUCUUGAAAAUGUCAAAAUGGGAUGCCAAAUUGAACGUCAUCAAUCGGGAAGCCUAGGUGUAUUGUUUGAAAAUGAUAAUGGACUUUGCGGAAUAACUUGUGGACAUGUUGUGUGCUCUCCUAAAGAUAUGGAACAAUGCAUGAAAAAAGGAGGCACGGUUAAUUUUGACACUAAUUAUGAAGUAUAUCAACCUAAAAAACCGCACACUAUUGGUUACCUGAAGAAGGUUAUUUACAAACAAGGUAUCGGCAAUGAUGUCGGUCUUGACAUUGGCGUUAUUCAACUGACAAGCAGGCCACCUAUAGAUGGAAAAUUCCCCAUUGCCGAAAAAGCUCAGUCAGAUCUCGAGUUCGAAUCUGGCAAGGCUUUUGAGCCAAAAGCAGUUGGCGAACCUUGCUAUAAGUUUGGCUGUGUGACCGAAUAUACUCGAAGUAAAAUUACACAAACAAGUGAGGAGCCUAGUGUCGCCCGUUUCAACUUUGAAGGCUAUACAUUGAUCCUACAUAAUCAAAUUUUGGUGAAAACUAAUGGCGUGUUAUUCGCAGAACCUGGUGAUUCAGGAUCGCCUGUGUUCAUCAAAGCAUGUGACGAACUGUUUUUCAACACUGAACAGAUCAUCCAUGACAAGGAGAAGCAGGUGGAGCGCUGGGUGAAUCACUUCUCCAAAUUCUACUCCUAG